GAAUACGCAAUACAACACUAGAAGCUUUUCAAACUAUAAAGCCUAAGGAUCUAGUGUCACAAUCUUUCAAGUAAGGGCAAGAUGCUUGUUGAACAGAAGCAUACAAACUUUGUAGAUGCAACUAAUGAAUUCUUCCAGAUUCAAGAUGCAAAUAUCUGAAAAGGCGCAUGGAGUAAUUGCGUUUGAAUUUCGACAAGGUCACUACGAAAAUAAAUUGAUAAGUGGCCAAAACUGGCAAAAUCGCGCAGGCAAAGAUACAGAGUGGCAGCACAGUAUCAUCCGGAUAUCCAAUAUUAACUAAACAGCCAACAUCGACUAGACAGAACAGGCAACGUCCAAACCCGUUUGACGAGCAGCGCAGCUACUUCUGAGUGUAUCAAUGCGCAGGAUGCAGGACACCCUUGAAGGGUUUUAUCGAACGGAUGUGAUUAGAUACAGCAAUAAGGAAAUAUAGAACUUGGAAUCACCAAGAUAUCUGUUCCUCAUUCA